UUAAAAUUAAUUACAGUCAUUAUCUAUUAAUAAUGAAUGUUUUGGCUGUUGCUUUACUUUUCGCAUCUAUUUUUCAAUAUACGAAUUGUGCAGACGAAAUUUCACAACUACAAUGCGGUAAAUCUGUAGGUUGUUUUCGCUUACCAGCUGACUGUAAAACUACCAGCUGUAACGUUUUUAUCACUUAUGCUUACAAACCAAGCACUGACUCUUUCGACAUAUCUAUCUUCACCAAGCACAAAUGGGGAGCUUUUGCUCAAGGAAAGGAACUUAACAAGGAAAUAAUGACUGGAAUGAAAGGUGAAGCGUGCGUUGAAAAAAAUGGUAUUGUUCAAUUGGUAAGUCUGAGUGCCACAAAAAACGGAUUACCUGAUUUUAAAGCAACUACAAGUGCAAUUUUUAAUCCAACAGGUAUGAAAACAAAAGGAGGUAUUAUUUGUAAAUACAGUAGAAAAGCUGGAGUGAAAGAUAUAAAAGACUUCAUGACUUCACUUGAAACAAAAGUUUACAGUAUUUAUGCGUUUGGAGAUACUCUUCAAACAAAUGGCUAUCCAGCAUAUCAUGGUGCUGGCCAUACAGGCCACACAGUUGAAGCUACUGAUUUAAAAAAAGUUAUGCUUUCUUAAAU